AUGGAUAUUUCCCGUAGCGAUUCAUAUGAGAUUAUUUUUACUAUUUGGGCAUUAAUAACGCCAGUAUUAGGUAUAGUGAAUACGGUUUACCAAUCCUUUACCAAGUGCUGCUGUUAUAAUAAUGCUACGACGACUACGUACGCAUACGAAAGUCAUGUAGAUAGAUUUGGACCGUAUAUGGGUGGCAUGCAUAUAGUUGGACCGGAUAGCAGUGAAACUCAUGAUACUGAACCUGGUUUUCCCUGUAACAUAUUAAAUUUAAUAACCACUGGAAUUUCAGGGUGUGAUGAUUCUGUCCUCGCCAUUAUCAUGAGUGAUUUUGAAUUUUUCUCUGAAGCUAUGAAUCAUGAGGAAUUAAAUAAUGCAAGUGAUAUCUUAAAGACAUUGAAGAUAUUGGUUCAUGUGAUUAGGAAUAAGAAACACAAGAUUACUAUCUUAGUUCGAAUAAUAAAAGGCAUUCUUGGAUGUUUGGCUAUUCCCGCAUUGAUCACAAGUUUCAAGGAAGGUCUCAAUGAUAAGGCGAUAAUGGUGAGAGUUUUUACCUUCGGUGCACCAAUACUUCAAGAGUUUGGCGUCAAUGUAUUGACAUUACUUAUGUACACGAUUAUGAUUCUGAUGCUCUCCUUUCAAACAACUCGAAUGAUCGCAAAGUAUGUACAUAGGUUCUUUUUAAUGCUUUGUAUUUUUUGGGGAUUAGGUACAGCUUGCUUGUGCUAUGUUUAUAUCGCCAAGUUGGAAGGCAAAAUAGAAAAGGUUUUUUUAUCAGCGAUAAUUGCGAUUCGCACGUUUGGCCCAGUAGAAAUAAAUUGCUGUAGUUUAGACAUAGGUUCUGCAUUUUGUGCUGUAAUUCACAUAUGGUUUGCAAUACAGAGUAUAAUUUGGGAAAUAAGAGAAUUAAAUGUAUUGGAACCUGGGGUUCCAUUGUGGAAAUAUUAA